AGAGUAAAAUUAAGAGCGAAACAGAGGUUUAUACUUUAUAGUUUAUACUUAUUUUACUCUUUCCCGUUUAUGCGCGCUUUUGUGGCUGUUGGCGCUUCAGUUUUGGCGGCAAAAUUGUCAGGUUUUGCGCGUCGAUUUGUAUGGUGGUUUCGGUAAUCGAGUGUGUGAAGAAGCACCGAAGCAGCAAUGGUAGUUGAAGCUCAAAUAAUCAAGCCCAUCGGCAAGGGCAUCGUUCACAGAAUCUGCGCCGGUCAAGUCAUCCUCGACCUCUCCUCCGCCGUCAAGGAACUUGUCGAAAACAGUUUGGACGCCGGCGCCACCAGCAUCGAAAUCUCCCUCAAAGACUUCGGCGAACAGUGGUUUCAAGUCAUCGACAACGGUUGCGGCAUUUCCCCAAACAAUUUCAAGGUUCUUGCGCUGAAGCAUCACACGUCAAAGUUAGCGGAAUUUCACGAUCUUCAGUCUCUGACGACUUUUGGAUUCCGAGGGGAGGCGCUGAGUUCGCUCUGCGCGUUGGGGAACUUGACAGUUGAAACCAGAACGGCGAGCGAACCGGUCGCUACGCACUUGACUUUUGACAGUUCCGGUGUCCUUGUGGCGGAAAGAAAAACGGCACGGCAAAUUGGUACCACUGUUAUGGUUAAGAAGUUGUUCUCCAGUUUGCCUGUGAGAAGCAAAGAGUUUAGUCGUAACAUACGUAGGGAAUAUGGCAAGUUGGUUUCUCUGUUGAAUGCUUAUGCCCUUAUAGCGAAAGGAGUCCGUUUUGUCUGCACCAACACGACUGGUAAAAAUGUGAGGUCUGUGGUUCUUAAAACGCAAGGAAGUGGUUCUCUUAAGGAUAACAUCAUAACAGUGCUUGGCAUGAACACUUUCAGCUGCUUAGAGCCCGUGACAUUGUCUAUAUCUGAUUCUUGCAAGGUUGAAGGAUUUCUUUCUAAGUCUGGACAGGGCAAUGGACGCAAUUUGGUGGAUAGACAGUAUUUUUUUGUGAAUGGUAGACCGGUGGAUAUGCCUAAAGUUAGCAAAGUUGUGAAUGAGUUGUACAGGGGUGCAAAUUCCAAACAGUAUCCCAUUGUUAUUUUGAAUUUUACGGUUCCUACAAGAACGUAUGAUGUCAAUGUGACUCCUGACAAGAGGAAAAUAUUUUUUUCUGAAGAAAAUGCCCUAUUGCAAGCCCUGAGAGAGGGAUUGCAACAAAUUUAUUCUGCUAGUAACGUCUGUUACUCUGUUAAUGAAGUUGUGUUGCCUGCUGAAAAAGAAGCAUGUGUUGAGUUGUGUUCCUCUCAUGGGAAGUCUCCUAUUGUAAUGAAACUAUUGUCCCCAAAUGGCAGUCGUCCUCAGAAAGAGCAAUGUAGUGAAAGUAACAAUGGCAGUAUUUCUUUAGAUGAAAUUAAUGCUGAGUGCAACAAUGAUACUAUUUCUCAGGAUGAACAUGAGGAGAAACAUAUUACUCAUUCCAAAAAUGCUUCUGAAUCGAUUAAUGAAUAUCUGUACUCAGAUGUUGAUGAAGGGCUAAUUCGUGAGAAUGAUGGGAAUUUAAUGAACCAGGAGUUCACACUCAGAGCGCAUUGCACUUCAAAGGAUGACAAUAGUGGAAGACAGUCAGCGAGUCCUAGUAGUAUUAUACCUGAUCAAACUACCCUUGUCUCAAGGACAGUUGAGAGUGGCAGCUCUUCUAGUAAAUAUUCAUUUAACCAUUCAAGACAUGUUCAGUCCACUCUUAACAACUUUGUUUCUGUAAAUAAAAGAAAUCGGGAUAGUGUCAUUAGAGCCUUAUCUGAAGUGCCUGUUCUUAGAAAUCCUCAUUGUCAAUUGAAGACUGCAAAUACUGAAACACAUGACUUGAUUACAAGAUCAUCACUUUGUUUUGACCAAUGUGAUGAACUUGCUAGGGCGAGCGAGAUUGAAGCUUUGAAGCAACUUAAUCCUGAUAAUGUCUUCCACAAAAAUGAAAAUUCAGUUUCUUUUAAGGGUGACUCCUCUGAUAGAGAACCUAAAUCUAAUAUGGAAUUAGAUCUAAAGAAUAAUACACCUAUAGGGGAUACAGCAUCUAUUAAUCCUUCUAGCAUUGAUAUGAUCACUGCGGAUGUUUUUGCCUCAGACCCUCCAUUACAUUCAUCACCUGUACGGUUAGAUUCUUCCAAGUCUUCCAGGAAGAAGAUAUGCUCCAACAUGCAAUUUUCUUUUCAAGAGCUUAAGAAAAGAAGAGAGAAGAGACUUUCUCUGUUGCAAUCCAGUAAAUUUGGAUGUGGAAAAGCUAAAGUCAAAAGUUGCUAUUCGGAUGCAACUUUGGAGCUUUCACGAUCAGAAAUUGCAGAGCAGAAAGAAAGGGCCUUGGCAGCAGCAGCUACCGAACUUGAAAGAUUUUUCAAGAAGGAAGACUUCAGCAGAAUGAAGGUGAUUGGGCAAUUCAAUCUUGGAUUUAUCAUUUGUAAAUUGGAUCAAGAUUUAUUCAUUGUGGAUCAGCAUGCUGCUGAUGAGAAGUAUAAUUUUGAGCGUCUAUCACAGUCAACCAUCUUGAACCAACAACCUCUUCUUAGGCCAAUAAAAUUGGAGUUAUCCCCCGAAGAAGAAAUAGUUGCUUCAAUGCACAUGGACAUUAUCAGGAAGAAUGGAUUUACCUUGGAAGAGGAUCCAAAUGCACCGCCUGGAUGCCGUUUUAAAUUAAAGUCUGUUCCCUUCAGUAAAAACACUAUGUUUGGAAUUGAAGAUGUUAAGGAGCUGAUCUCUAUCCUGUCUGAUGGUGAUGGUCAUGUGGAAUGUUCCAUAGUUGGUAGCUAUAAACUGGACACCUCAGAUUCUGUUUGCCCUUCAAGAGUUCGUGCAAUGUUGGCAUCACGUGCAUGUCGAUCAUCAAUUAUGGUUGGUGAUGCACUUGGAAGAAAUGAAAUGCAGAAGAUACUUGAGCAUAUGGCUGAGCUGAAAUCCCCAUGGAAUUGCCCCCAUGGCAGACCAACCAUGCGCCAUUUAGUUGAAUUGACAAAAAUUCACAAGAGCUCUGAACUUACAAUGCCGAUCUAAUUAAUAAUAGACUUUUGCCCUUACCGCCAUUGUUAUGUUAGAAGUCAAGGGAAUUAUGUAACUUAUUUUGUACAAAUACCUGUAAAAAUAUUUGUUUUCAAAUGUUACUGCAGAUUUAAUGAGCCUAGACAUGUUGAGUGUCUUUACAUAAGCAUGCUUGAUGUGCUGAUCUUGUUGGACAGUCUUCCUGCUUUACUUUGGUAAUGGUCUCUGCAAAAAUGCUAUAGCUGCAUAA